AUGGCAUCAAGAAGUUUUGAAGAAGAAUUGAAAUUUAUUGAAAAAAUAGAUUCAGUUAGAUAUAGAGUUAAAAAAGGAUUUGUUCCAAAUAUGAAUGUUGAUGGUAUGAUUUAUGUUAACGAUUCAAUUAAAGAUUAUUUAUAUGAUGAAUUGGAGCAAUAUUCAAUUCGUGGGGUAAAUGGAUUUUUACCAGCAGUUAAACAAAUUGCAAAUGUAGCAAGUUUACCAGGUAUAGUUGGACACUCAUUAGGUAUGCCAGAUAUUCACAGUGGUUAUGGUUUUUCAAUUGGUAAUGUUGCAGCAUUUGAUACAGAGGACCCAUUAUCAGUUGUAUCACCAGGUGGAGUUGGUUUUGAUAUUAAUUGUGGUGUUCGUUUACUUAGAACUAAUUUAACAGAAAAAGAUAUAGAGCCAAUUAAAGAGCAACUUUGUCAAUCAUUAUUCGAUCAUGUACCUGUGGGUGUAGGUUCAAAAGGUGUUAUUCCAAUGAAUAUGAAAACAUUGAAUCAAGCAUUAGAAAUGGGUAUCGAUUGGUCAAUGGGUGAAGGUUAUGCAUGGUGCGAAGAUAAAGAACAUUUUUCAGAAAGAGCAAAGAAAAGAGGUCUCCCACAAUUGGGCACAUUAGGCGCAGGUAAUCACUAUUUAGAGGUUCAAGUUGUAGAUGAAAUUUUUGAUAAAGCAGCUGCAAAUAAAAUGGGUGUAGAUAGAAAGGGUCAAAUUUGUAUUAUGAUUCAUAGUGGUAGUAGAGGUUUGGGACAUCAAGUUGCCACCGAUGCAUUAACUCUUAUGGAAAAAGCCAUGGCUCGUGAUCACAUUCAUCUUAACGAUAAACAAUUAGCUUGCUCAAGAAUUAACUCUCAAGAAGGUCAAGACUAUUUAGCAGGUAUGAGUGCCGCCGCAAAUUUUGCCUGGGUAAACAGACAAAGUAUGACCUUUUUAACAAGACAAGCAUUUGCAAAAGCUUUUAACUCAACCCCAGAUGAUUUGGAUAUGCAUGUAAUUUAUGAUGUUUCACAUAACAUAGCUAAAUUCGAAGAUCAUACGGUAAACGGUAGACCAAAGAGAUUACUUGUACAUAGAAAAGGUGCUACACGUGCAUUUGCUCCUCAUCAUCCUUUAAUUCCAGUAGAUUACCAAUUUACUGGUCAACCAGUAUUAAUUGGUGGUACUAUGGGUACAUGUAGUUAUGUUUUAACUGGAACCGAAUUGGGAAUGCAAGAAACUUUUGGUAGUACUUGCCAUGGUGCCGGUAGAGCAUGCUCAAGAAAUAAAUCUCGUAAUAAUUUAUCAUAUACCGAUGUUUUAGAUAGUCUUCAAUCAAAAGGUAUUAGUAUUCGUGUCGCCUCACCAAAACUUGUAAUGGAAGAAGCUCCAGAAUCUUAUAAAGAUGUUGUUCAAGUUAUCGAAACCUGUCACACUGCUGGUAUUUCCAAAAAAGCAAUUAAACUUAGACCAAUUAUGGUUAUUAAAGGUUAA